GUAAGGUAAGGUUCUUAACCGAACUAAUUGACAUGAAAGAAGUACAGAUUUGUUUACUCUAAAAUGUGGAAAAAAAACUUGUCGAUUUUGUUAUUAUUACGAAAAUGGAAGACUGGUUAAAGGAAGAGCAAGUAACCGAAAGCGAAAAUUUCGAUGGCAUUCUAGUAACGCACGAUUUAGAGGAUUGCAUUGACGAUAGUUUGGAGUAUUCCUCAUUUAACAAGGUUUACGAGGAACUGCCCCUAAGUAACUUAAGAUCUGAUAAUGAAAAUGAUCAAACAACGGCAUUUGCGGAAAAACGGGAAUAUGAUGAAAGUUUUGUCUAUAUCAACCAGUCAUUACAGCAAGAUGGAGUCUAUAUGCAUACAAAUCAAGACACAUCGGAUGAAAUGCAAGACUGCACCGCUCUGACAACAUCAAACAACGAAUCUUACUCAAAAGAUGGCCAGUUUAAUCGAUAUUCCUGCGAAUAUGGUGGCUGUGUUCGAACAUAUAGCACAGUUGGAAAUCUUCGUACUCAUAUGAAAACCCACAAAGGAGAAUACAAAUUCAAGUGCACUGAACCAAAUUGCGGCAAGGCUUUUCUUACUUCGUACAGUUUAAAAAUUCAUAUUCGCGUUCAUACCAAGGUUAAACCGUUCGAAUGUAACCACAAAGGAUGCGCGAAAGCAUUCAAUACUUUGUACCGACUGCGGGCUCAUCAAAGGUUACACAAUGGUACGACAUUCAACUGUGAAUCGAAAGGAUGCAUGAAGUUCUUCACGACUCUAAGUGACCUAAAGAAACACAUCCGCACUCACACACGUGAAAGGCCGUAUAAAUGUAUUGAAGAAGGUUGUGGUAAAGCGUUCACAGCGAGCCAUCAUUUGAAAACUCAUCGCAGAAUCCACAGCGGCGAAAAACCGUUCAUUUGCGUAGAAGAUAAUUGCAAACGCGCAUUUUCAACCCAGCAUAGUCUCAAAUCACACAUCAAAACGCAUCAACGCAUGAUAGACCAAGACAAUGAGUUGAAUAAUAACCUUAGUCAAGAUAAGGAAGCCGUAUUAAUUAAGAGUGACAUUAGUGAGGAAAAUGCUCCAAUUAAAUUUAAUGAUAAGGAAUGCGAGAAUAAUGAUAAGAGUUACAUUGUUGACUUUGAAGGCAACAUUAUCUUUCAGAACGAUUUGGUCAGUAACGUUGAUGUUAGAUGGAAAGGUUUGGAGGAUGGAGUAAAUUCUUUAUCAGAUUUACAAGCGAUGGAUAGUGGAGAUACGAAGGGAGAUGCAGAGAUAAUAUUGCCAUCUGACAAUGCUGACGAGUUUCAUACAUUCAACAGUAAUACCGAGAACAGUAUUGAGUUUAUCUCACACGAUUUUAACCAGCCGAAAUUUGCCGAAGUACAAUUGGAUAUGUCCACUUACGAAGUCGCCAAUAACUUAAAACACUAUGCAACCGUGAAUACGGCCGAACCAAUACCGAUUCAGCUUUCCUAUAACAUUGGAAGCGAAAAUAUUGAGGACAGUAAAGAAGGUGAAACAUUAGAAGACACCGAAGUCAGUUUAGAGGAAAAUUCGAUCAUCACAGAAAUCGAAAACGCCAGCUUGGAUUUAUAUGACAUAGAGCUAAAUGAUAAAUCAUCUUCCGGUAAUACGGAAUUAAAUAGUUUCGCUGUCAAUGAUAUCUUCAAUGAGGGAUCAGUAUUUCAAAAUAGUAUUGUUUGUAAAAAUGAUAAUCCAAAUGUAAAUAUUAUAAGCGUAAAAACAAUUCGUCCACCCAAUACUGUGGCGCCUGCCAGUGACAACUUGUUGGCGUUAGAUAAAAAUUCGGUAGAUCUAAAUGGUCAAAUUUACACCCCUGAAGCUUUAGAAAUGUCUCUAGCGUGCGAGGAAGAAAGUCCCUCUACUUGGAUUGAUGUUAUGAGUUUGGUUAACAACAGUCCCAUAAACGUCUUUGAGCAUUCUGCAGUCGACGAAAAUCAGGCAGUUCUUACGGGUAUUCAGUCGUAUACUAACUUAGAUGAUGCACCAUUGUUUAGUUCUGCAAACGUCGGCAUAGACAAUCCAAGUAGGUUAGCUGAUCAAACUGCACGUGGCAACAGUGUCAAGGUAAACAUUUUAAAAGAGGUAACUGCCGCUGUUGAUAUUUGCAAAUGUGAAGACUGUAAGUGUGGUCCUUAUGGUAAUUGUGACACUACCAAUGGAAAUGUACCAGAAAGUAAUGGUUGUUGUGCAUCUAAACAGGUAGAUAAUUUUAGUUGCGGCAACGAGGCUGAGUCAAUGACAAGUCUUGGUGGCGAUCUAAGCAGUGACUGCAUUGAAAGUAAUUGCUGUGUGGUUGUUUGUCUCAAAUCUUUAGAGCAGCUUAAGCAGUUGUUGCGAUUAGCAAAUGACUGUGGCAAUUUACAACAGCUAUCCAUCGGGUGCGUUCGAGGUACUUGUGCAAUACAAAAUCACUAAAUGUGAUCGUUUGAUGUGAAUUAGUUUACUAAUAUGCAAUUUUAGCAAAUACCAUGACAUUGGGUAUUUUUGAUAUUUAUUUACGUAUUGACACCUUUAUUGUGGUUUUCAGUUGUCUUCAGCCUUUGAUUUGAAAUUUGCUAGUUUUCUUUGUGUUAUACAGAACACUAAGCCUAGCUUAAUCGGAGUGGACAUUGGCAUGCGGUUGAGUAAUUACUCACAUGUAACUGCCACCAUAUUGGUGUAGUUUCCUUAGGGCAGGUGUAUGGGUGAUUCCAGCGAUAAGUAAAUAUACUUAAAUAUCCCAUUUACAAUUAUCAACAUAAAUACUACACAACACAUAUCUCAGGUCCAUAUGAUUAAUUAGACUUAAUUUUCAUGUUUAACUUGUAUUUAGAACAAUUUAACUAGUCAUGUUAGCAUAAGAUUCAAAUCAAAUAUCAAAGAACAACUAAGAACCACAAUUACUUUUCCAAUGUGAGAUUUUUAUUAUUAACAUGUUGUUUUUAAUAACGGUAAGAUUAGAUAAUGAUUCAACUGAUCCCCUUCAGUUACUAAACAAUAAUAAUUUUUUUAUUGUUGAGACUGAGGAAUUUUUAAGUUAUAAUUGUGUUUGUACUAGUCAAUAUGUUAAUUGAGAUAAUACUUAACAAUUUAAUACUGUUCUAUUGACAGUAUUUGUGUUACAAUUACCUAUGUUGUUUUCUAAUAUUUUGUAACUUAGUUGUUUUUUUUAUUGUACCUGACCAAAGAUUAAAUGGUGUGAUUACA